CUCUUCCCGUGGGUGGCUAUCUCUCUUCCCGUGGGGAAGCCAAACCCCCCCGGGCCCAUCCUCGGUCCCCAUCUGUCCCCAAACGCACCCCUCCGUGCUGGGUGUGCCCCCCGCGCUGCCGUGGGUGCAGAGCUGAGCCUGGCUGGCACGCUGGGUGUGUUCCCUUCGGGCUCCUCUCCAUCUCCCCGUAACCUGCCUUUCCCACCCGGCUUCCAGAUCAAAUCCCAACAGAGCGAAGUAACCCGAAUCCUUGAUGGGAAGAACAUCAAGUACGAGCUGGUGGAUAUCUCCCAGGACAACGCUCUGCGGGAGGAGAUGAGGGCGAAGGCAGGCAACCCCAAAGCCAUCCCACCCCAGAUCGUCAACGGGGACCAGUACUGCGGGGAUUACGAGCUCUUUGUGGAAGCAGUGGAGCAAAACACUCUGCAGGAGUUCCUGAAGUUGGCCUGAGCCCUGCUUCCCCUCCCAUCCUGGACUCUACCUGCAUUCCUGAGCGCCCUCAUCUCCGACCACCUUCACCUCCAGGUUGUCAGCGCUGUCCUGGCACCGCCACUCAUAUCCCAGCACAGGGAAAAAAACCACGACCAAAACUCCUCAUUGCAGCUGCCUCCAACUCCCUCCUGCCUCACCCCGGUAUCAUCUCAGAGGGAUCCAAAGAAAGUGUGAUGCUCGCUGCGCUUGGCCUGUGAGCAGAGCUGGGCCUGGCUCACGGCAGCUUCCAGUGCCUCUGUAAACAGCAAAGCCUCCGGGGCUGUGCGAGGUGCCCCUGGCCCUCAGCCCCCUCCUCUGCCUCGGGAGGGAAGGGCUUAGGGCUGCAGGGUACUUCCCACUUCUCCCAGUUGCUGUUAAAAUUGUAAAUUCUGCUGCCUCACUUCCUUAUUUCUUCCUCUUUUUUUUUCCCCCUUCUUCAUCUCAACUGCAGAGAUUAUGGCAACUAAGUAAAGGGGUUUGGGUUUGGUUUUUUUUUGUUUUGUUCUGUUUUUUGUUUGUCUUAAUUUAAUGCAAAAAUACUGCACAGAAUUGGGGGUCUGAGUGCCCACCACGGUGGAGCUGGGAGCGAAGGCUGCCUGGGGAAUGGGUGGGGCUGGAAGUGGGAUCUGUGCUGCUCUGGCCUCCCUCCACCCUGGCUGGGCUCCCUUGUGAGCGUUAAUGGCUCAGGGCUGCCCCAGAACAGCUGAUGGCUCCAGCUGUCCGAUCUUUCCUCUUUGAGUUGGCUUUUUUGCAAUCCUGGACCAAGUGCAUUUUGUUUUCCUGCCAAAAAGCAAGUUUAUAACCAGUGUUGUCUUCCGAGAUGCUAUUAAAUGUUACUGUACCUUUCA